AGCACUGUCUUACAGGACACAGUGUCUCGCGCGACAGUUCUAUAUAUAUAAAAGCAAGGUUUGGCGUCUUGAUAAAGAAAUGGCACUUGUAAAGCGCGUCUGUAGAACAGCAGCCAUCAUGGUCCUGAGCUCGAUGAUCUUUUGGGGACUUAUAACCUACUUUACACUGCAACACAUGCUUGAGGAUGAUUCGAAUGAGCCUUUCAAUUUUAUUUCUACAGAGGAAGAUGUCAAUUACACAGAAGGAAGAGUCGCAUCCUUAGAUCUUGAAAACGCAACAGUUCUGAUAACAGGCAUUGCGGGAUUUAUAGGAUAUUCAGUAGCCUCUAAACUUCUCGACCGAGAGACUUGUAAUAUUGUUGGCGUUGAUAAUUUCAACGAUUACUACGAUGUAUCAUUGAAGUAUAAGCGAGCAGACUUAUUGAGUUACUGGGAUAAGGUACGCAUAAUUGAAGGGGAUGCAUGUAAUGCUACCCUUAUGCGGAACGUUCUGGAAGAGUACAAGGUGACCCAUGUACUACAUUUAGCAGCUCAAGCUGGUGUGCGAUAUUCGUUGGAAAACCCGUUAACCUACGUACGCAAUAACAUUCAAUGCUUUGUUGUCCUCCUCGAAGAGCUUAGACGCGUCAAAGCGAAUUCCGAAAAUGGUUUCGUCCCUCAUCUUGUGUAUGCGUCGUCAUCCAGUGUCUACGGCGGCAAUAAAAAGGUGCCCUUCGAAGAGAUUGAUCCUGUUGAAAAUCCCUCGAGCCUUUAUGGCCUGACAAAACGAGUAAAUGAGCUUCUAGCGCUGGUGUACUCUCGGAAUUUUGGUAUUUCUUCUCUAGGUCUACGAUUUUUUACUGUGUAUGGUCCCUGGGGCCGGCCUGACAUGGCGCCAUACAAGUUUACUGAAAGCAUCCUUAAAGGAGGGAAUAUUACAGUGUUCAAUCAUGGAAAAAUGGCUCGAGAUUUUACAUACAUUGAUGAUAUUGUAUCGGGAAUAAGUGCUGCGCUAGAAUACCAGCCAUCUUCUCCGCUGAUUUUGAAUCUGGGUCAUGGCAAUCCCGAGAACGUUCUCGAUUUGGUCAAAAUAAUUGAAAAUUAUACAGGACGGCCUGCAAAGCUUCAGUUCAUGGAAUCCAUUGUCGAUUUGCCUCUAACUUCUGCUUCAGUCAAGAAGGCGAAGAAGCUUCUAUCGUACUCCCCACGCGUGAGUCUGAGAGAGGGCAUGCAAAGC